AUGGCCAUGUGCCAAAAGAUUGGGUACACCGAGAUGAGGCUUCCCAACCUGAUGGGCCACACGAGCAUGGAGGAGGUUAUCCUGAAGUCAACUGCCUGGCAGCGCCUGGCGCACACCGACUGCCACCCUCACGUGAGGACCUUCCUGUGCUCUCUCUUUGCUCCCAUCUGUCUAGACACGUUCAUCCAGCCCUGCAGGAGCAUGUGCGCUGCGGUGCGGGAGCGCUGCGCCCCGGUGCUGGCCUGCCACGGGCACCCCUGGCCCCGCAGCCUCGACUGCGACCGCUUCCCCGCCGGCGACGACAUGUGCCUGGCGGCCCUCGCCAAGGAGCACGGGCGCCCGCACAAAGUGCUACCAAAGCCUGCGUGCCAGAGCUGCCCAGCAGUGGAGGAAUUUUUUACGCACAAAAGAGUUCUUGAAGUUUUCUGUGACAAUAACUUUGCAGUGAAAGUAAAGCUCUCCAAAAAGAGAACAGUACUUGGUCACCAAGAUUUUAACAUUGAAUGCCAAGUGGAGUUCAUCAUCCAGGGUUCAGUUCUGCCUUAUGAAACGCAGAAUAUGAUACAACAGUGGCUGCUUAUCAAUGAAAACUGCACAGAGAGGAUGACUCAGCCCCAUCGUCCUAUGGUGUAUCUCCUUGUGGGGAAUAUUGAAGACGGUGUCGUUUUAGUAAAUCACAUUUAUCGUUGGCAGAAGAGGGACUCCCAGCUGACUUCGGCCACUCAGAAGUGGAGAUACCAUAAAUGCUUGUAA